AUGGAACAAAAAGCAUUCGAACAAGCGAAUGACUUUGCUUUGGAGAAGGAAUGUACUCUGGGAUCACAGGUAGAAUGUGCUGGAAUACAAUGGUGUCCCACCAUGGAUAUAGCGGCGAUUGCCUUGGUAGAGAGCCGUGUGCAGUUGCUGAGAUUCUCGGGUCAGAAGUUGUGGACCACUGCAUCCAAAGGCGAGACAGUUCAAGUGACCGCUUUGCGAUGGCGCCCCGAUGGGAAAGUGCUGUGUGUGGGGUACGAUAAUGGGCAGGUGGACCUGUUGGAUGUAGAGACUGGCGCGACACUAUACAAUAUGAACGUUCAAGACAAGGAUGGCCAACAUACUAAUGAAUCUGACACUGACAACACACCUGAUACCAUCAACGAAUCUGAACCAGCCGAGUAUUUCGUGACAUGUCUGGACUGGGUCACGGAGGAAGGGGCUCCCACAUCUAUCAUCGAAGCUGGUACAGCAUCGGCAACCGCAUUAGCAAAUCAAGCCCUCAGCAGAGGCGUUGGAUCGCAUCGCGGCACAGAGGGCGGGGAGACCUUGGGCACAGGCUGUGAUUGUAUGUGCCACAUCGGUCCAAGCUACGCCAACGGGCGCGAAGAGGAAGGAGACCACGCAGAACAGUUCGCAGAUCUGACCAGCACAUGCACACGCACAUUGCCGCCACUCUUUGGCAUCAGCGAGUGCUGCGUAAAGGAUGUUUCCAUGUACACGUCUACUGACAGGCGGCCGGCGAGUGCCUACUUGGAUGUGCUCGUGCUGGGCCUGAACAGCGGCACCGUCUCCUUCUACGCAAAGGGAUUGUUGUCAUUGGGAAGUAUAUGCGUCGGCGGCAAAGGUUGUGUGAGUGGGGGUAUUCACAGUGUGCGUUUGGGGUCCGAUCUGUCCACGCUAGUGGCCACGGUGGCACAAACGGACAAACGACAUGCACGCGAAAUCUUCAGACAGGAUUCAAAUGCUUCUGGAACUGCGGAGGAGGCUUUGAGCAGCAGCAGCUUGUAUGAAGCGAAUGCAAGUGUAGAUGCGGCAAGAACUAUAGAGAAGAGGAACACAAGCACAAGGACCAACAGUAACGAUAAAACAUAUACUGAUAUCGAUACACUGACUGGUACCAACGACCACACUGAUAUGAACACAGUUAUUGGUGCGGAGACAGGUGGUGGUAUCGGCACCCAUGCUGGCCCCAAUACAUCCGAUGUGAGGGGAUUGGAUCAUAAUGAUACCCUUGAUGAAGCAUUGGAGAUGCUCACGCUGGUUGUAGUGGAUGUACGUGCCAUUGGGCGCAGAAGAGAGGCUUUGAGAACUCUGGCCGCGGCUUAUUCGCACUGCAUUGCGCUGGAAGACAGGGCAUGGGGUAACUUCCAAUCGAUGGAGAAGUCCUGGGAGGGUUUGGUGCACGAAUUCGGUCAGAGACUCGAGCGCUACGAACAGCAGCAAUUGGGCCCAACUGAGGACAUUGGCACUCAACUGCUGCGAUUAUUGACUUUGGGUAUUGCACCCGAUACUCUGCAGCACUUGUUACUGCACGACUUGAACGAAGCAGAAACAAGAAAAAUGGCUAUCUCUAUGGAACAGUCCUAUAGUGCGAUUCUGCGAUUCGCCGUUAAUCCAAUGUUUGGUACCUCACUCGCUAUGCUACGCCAAGCCGUCCAUCUGAUAGGCUACGCUCGCAAGCGUGAUCACGCGUACACACGCGUGGGUGUCUCUGAGGUCACGUGCGUUGCUGCUGUGCAGGCUGCAACGGGCGUGUGCAUGAAGACAUCCGAGCUUAUAGCCGUGGUACACCAGGCCCGCAACCAGUUCAAGCAAUUCUUCAUGUGGCUUUGGGUGAACAUUCUCAAACUGAAGGAGAAGACAGUGCCAAAAAACUAUCUGCGCCACAACACAGAGCAGGCCGUGGGCCAGUUCCUGCGGUCACACAUCCAGACGGGACGUCGCCGCAAAACUGACAACAGCAUCUGUAAAGAUGAAAUUGGCGAUUUAAAAAAUAGCACAUCGGCGGGAGCGGGUGCUAAGUCUGGAUCGGGCGGUGGACGUAGUCAGUUUAUGGAGGAGACCGUGGGCCAGUACUUUGUUAACCAACCCCUUACCAUCCCCGCCGGCCGCAGUGGGCCGGAUGCCAUGCGUGUGGGUAUGUUCUCGUGUGCCUAUAUGCACUGCUGUGUUUGUUUGUCUUGCUAA